CUGUCAUCAUUAUUUGUUGUUGUUGGAUGUGUCACGAGAGGUGUGGGUGUCCUGUGGAAGGUGGAAAAUGUUUUAUUGAAGUGCCUUGGAAAGUACAAUAAUUACUAUAGGAAAUCGUGUUGAAUAGGAAAGAAAGCAAAUACACGUUUGCAACAUGCAGUUCAUGCUUUUGUUCAGCCGCCAAGGCAAGCUGCGUUUGCAGAAAUGGUACAACGCACAUCCCGACAAGCUGAAGAAGAAGAUCACCCGCGAACUGAUCACGACCAUCCUGACCAGGAAGCCGAAGAUGUGCAGUUUCCUCGAAUGGAGAGACCUGAAGAUUGUUUACAAGAGAUACGCCAGCCUAUAUUUCUGUUGCGCGAUCGAGCAGAACGACAAUGAGCUGCUCACCUUGGAGAUAAUCCAUCGUUACGUCGAGCUCCUGGACAAGUACUUUGGCAGCGUCUGCGAGCUGGAUAUAAUUUUCAAUUUUGAGAAGGCCUACUUCAUUUUGGACGAGCUGCUGCUGGGCGGCGAGAUCCAGGAGACGAGCAAAAAAACUGUACUGAAAGCGAUCGCCUCACAGGAUCUCCUACAAGAGGACGAGGCAGUAGAGGGCGCUUUGCGGGACAUUGGUCUUCUGUAAAAAUAUAUACCCACAAGCGGAGAAAGCAAUGGUGCCCGCCUCUGAAACAGAGGAUACCUUCCAUAUCUCUAAUCCACAGCACACUUAACUUAAGUGAAUAAUAUUGACGCACUUCUACUAAUUUUAAUGAUAGUCAUUUAAUAAUAGUCAAACACACCAAAAUGUUUUCUCUUUUCUCUUCAUCAUAUUAUAUGUGCCAAACGAAUAGUUAGUUAGUACCUAAAUCUUAGUUUUUUUUUUUUGAACAAAGGUUUUUUUUUGUCCUUUUAUUUUAUUCUCCUAUAAAACAAUAAUGUAUUUUUGUCCAAACGUUAACAAGAAAAUGGUAGACUUUCUGAUUGUAUCUAAAAAAAACCAAAUAUUAACCUCAGUUUAGAAUAAAACGUGAGUUUUUAUGUU